AACGUGGGUUCAGCAGAGAAUCCACGUCUUGUGAUUUGUUCCCUUUUCAGACACCAAAGACUAAAACACUGGCAGAGGUCGGCAUGGACAGAUACUGUAAAACAGGAAGCCAAGGCAGCGCUGCUCUCACCGGAACUGUGACUAAUAAAGCAUAGAGAGCAACGAUCGACCUGUGAAGUCAGUAUCUCUCUGUGUCCCAGAGCUCAUCAAGCCUCUUAACUAAGGGUCUAUAUUAUGAUCAAAGGGAUUUCGGAAGCAAGGUCAAACAUGAAAAGCUGGAAAAAACAGGGCAGUGUGUGUGUGUGUGUGUGUGUGUGUGUGUGUGUGUCUGUGUGUGUGUGUGUGUGUGUGUGUGUGUGUGUGUGUGUGUGUGUGUGUGUGUGUGUGUGUGGUCUUAAAUUAAGUCUGUUACAAAUUUCUAGCAGUUGUUUUGACAAAAACAUAACGUUAAAACAACAAAGUAACAGAUUAGCACCAUCUUUAUAUAACAAAUAUUACGACGUGAUGAAUUUGCUGCCGUGUUUGUACUUUUUUCUUCACAUGCCGAGGGCAUCACGUCUUACUGUGCAUCCAGUGACAUGACAGCGCCUCCACAUACUAUAACUCUGUCACGCUGCAUGUGGAUCACAUGGACGGACGACCUGACUCGUGUCGACAUCACACCCUUAACGUCCUGUACGCAGUCAUACACAGCAGCACAGCAGCAGCUUUUAGCCGAAUGCUAGCGUUAGCAUAAUAGCACGCUCGGGGUGACAGCGCGGUCCAGUACGACAUUCAGAACCUGCAGCUGACACCGUGAAGCUGCUGACGGUGACAGAGGAACAGGAUACUGACCCAAAACCCCAAAUAUUACCGUCUUCCUGGUGGAGGGGUGGGGUUGAUGCUUGACCUUUGAAUGGGUCGGGGCCACACGUGCAUCCAACAAAAGAGAGGAUGUAGGAACCAUGGGAGCAGGUUUUGAGAUCUCAUCUCUUCAGAUUAUUCCUCCUCUAUUUCUUUUUAUAUCGCUCCCGUAAUAUAGUUAUUUCAGCAGUCGCCUGCAUCUCUGUCUUUCCUCUGUUUGGUUGUAGGAGCGACAGAAAUAACACAACGCUAUGCUGCCGCUGAAGGGACUCUGAGCUCGCUCUCGUCAUUGUUCCCAUUCUUUAUCCUUCCUCCAGUUUUUCCUCACAAACAGAGCAUUUGUCAGACUCCAGCGCCCUCCGUCCCUCCGUCCUCCUCUCUCGCUCCUCUUCAUGCAGGUAAAUGGCUUUAUCCAGUUGAGUGACUUUGUAAGGCCUCCAGGACGGGUUUAAGCUCAGUAAAAGGCAAGAAUGGCAAAGUAAAGAUAAAGAAAAGGAGAGCGCAGGAAAGAUUCAUUAGAGUUUUUAGAGUAGACAGCAAAUGUCCUUGCCUCCUGCAAAGUGAUGACUCAUCGUCUUGGUCUGUGUGUGAAUGUCUGGGAGGGCGAGGUCUGAGGAAACAGGGGAAAGAAUGGGCCAUAUUAUCUUUAUUGUGGAGCAGCCUGAUGCUAUCAGACAUUUUUAAAAUGACCUCUGUUGCUUCACACAUGCAUCACUAGGUGGUGCCGUCACACAGAACCCGACGGAGGCACAUAUUUACUGGCUCAGGCGAGACUGGCGUCCUCCUGAGACGCCUCCACUGCUGCCUGAAGAUAAGAGAGGGCGUUUGGCAUUAUACAGUAGGUGAGGGGAAGGACAGGUGUUGCCAAGGGCAGCUACCAACAUCCAUCUUUAACAAACUGUCAGGAGAACGAGAGAACGAUUGCGUGGCUGAAUCGCUGCUAAGAGAAAUGGUUGUGAAGAGGAGGCAGCAGCUGUUGAUUCAUGGUUAAACAAGAGGCUCAGUGGAAGACAUUUCACACAGAGACUGAAUCAUUUGACAUUGACUUUUACUUUAUAACGAGGUGACACGAUGACAGGAGCUAAAUGACAGAACGAUUAUGAAGACGAACAGAAUAUUCAAAGACGUUGGAUAAAUCAAAGCCAUUAAAUAUUGUAGUGCUGCUUUGAACGUGUAGCGCAAUUGAAAUAUGACUAAAAGCCCAUAAAUCAGAUUUGGGAACAACCACACAUCCAGUCACUGGUCAGUCCAUCAUUAGACCCCCCCCACCCGUUAUGCCCCCCCUCCACCUCAUCCAUUAACUGUUCUUAGUCUCAUCCAAUCAUCCCUCCUUCUUCUGUCCGUCCUGUCUAUUAGUUAUGCUGUUGUGUGGGUCCUACUAGUCGAUAGUGUAAGUGGAUUGGAAAUGCUGAAUCUAGUCCUUGGAUGAAGUAAGAGGGUAGAAGAUAUUAUGGCUUAAAUAUUCAUGUCCCAGAACACAUGCUUCAUUAUUUCUGCUCCAUCACUGAGGUAUUGUCUAUCCUGGCUCUCGCAUUGUGGGUUCACAUGGAAACUGAUUUGAAAGAGUCCGAGGGGUCAAAAAGCCAGUGGUGGUGGAUCGAUCGCCCUUUGAACCCGAGAACAGCUUCUACAGCAGCGUAAGGGAAUCUCAGCUCUACUGUAUGCGCCGACCAACGUCUUGAACGAUUAAGCCAAUAUCUUGCACUGAAUGCUUUGAGGAGACGGAUACAGAAAGUUCUGACCUUGACACACAAACGUUAAUUUUCACAGCUCAGCAUCGCUCGCGCUCGUUGCAGCAGAAGCCCAGGUGUUCGUUUGAGACUAAAUCAUUAGGUUAACCAUCUCAGGCCUCACUAAUAUCACCGGUGCCACAUUACAUAGAACGACUUAAAUGCACAGACUGGAGAGUCUAAAGAAUCACAUUUACUCAAAAACCUUCAACAAUAAAAGAAAAACCUGUCAAAUUCCUUGGAUCGUGACCAACUGGGGUGAUCUGAGUGGUGAGUGUCUGUCCAUGCAUCACAAACGCAUUCCUGAUGACCUUAUGUCGCUGUCGUGAGCCACAGCAGCUUUUGCAAGCUGGGGCUGAUGGGGGCUCCUCACUGCUCCAAGGUAUUUAAUUCAUCUUUUACUGCCAGCGCUGAAGUCUCAAGGACGAGCAGGAAGCACGUUUACUACUGUGCUCUCACUGUUGGAUUAUUACACAAAAGUUAUACAAUACAGUACACAAAAGUACAUAUCUAUGUGUGACUGAAGUAGAUUUCCUUGUUGUGGUUCUGGUUUUUGGAUUUGACCUAAAGCACUUUAUUUGGUUUAUGAGGUUAUGUUUCAGGAUAAUCAUACUACAGUUAAUGCAAGAAUACAUACAUUUUUGCAACAACAAUAAUCACUAAGAUUAAUAAUGAAUAUAUGUACGAAGUAAUUAUAGUGUGUUACAAAAAUUAAGUUUAUCAUGAAGUAAACUAGAUAGUUCACAUAAUAACUGCAUGAAUUCAAAGCGUCAUUGUUCACUUGGUGUAAGGUUGUGAGUCACUGCGUGCAAUAACAGUAUUACAGCAUAUAAAAUAUUUUGCACUACGCAUAGAUUUGAUGUUUUACAUAACUUUGGAGUAAGAAAAUGAUGAAUAUUUAAAAUGCUUAUCAUUGCUCUCUGGAGCUUGAGCAGAAUGCAUUUACAUUUCUGUGUUUUUCUGAAGGACAGUCAACAACAUGCAGAAACACAUGCACCAAAUUAGUUCAUUUCAUAUUAUGUCAAACUGCAUCAUAUAUGUGCUGUAUGUAUCUGAACAGACUGUUACAUUCCUUCCUUCCUUCGUGUGUUAUUUUUUAAUUACUGGAGUGUUUUAACACCAGUAAAAAGCAUUUAGAUGCUUUGCAAUUCUUCAUCUUAAUUACUCUGAAGUGUUUAGCACUUAUUUGAAUCCCGCUUCCAUUAAUCAUGCCACCGUCAGCUGGGGCCCUGCUAAUUAGCUGCCACCAGGUCCGUUUGAGCAGUGGGUGUUUGUGUGGAGCCUUCUCUUAUUCAAGACAAUGCAGCGUCAGCAGUCUGAAUAUUUCAUGUCGCCCUUCACUCACAGAGAGAAGUUGCUGAUUCUCGGACUGGUCAUAACAUUGGCCCAUUAUUGUAGAGUAAACAGCAUCUGAUCUGACAAGCUGUCUGUCUCGGACCAUUCAAAAAGCUUCUUUUCUCAUUACAGUCUAACGGCAGCUCACAUUUAAAUCAAACAACAGCAAAACUGCACACAUUUGACCACUGCUACUCUUUUUUCAUGCUAUGCGUGCAUAUCCAUUAGGCACAUUAUGUUGAGUGGGCUGAUGUUCAUUUUGCUUAGAGGACUGACAUCCCACACACCAUGCAACUAAGUGGACAAACUAUUUGACUCCACUUUGAGAAGUCACGGUCUGUGCGUCAGAAACGGGUAAAUACUGCCCCCAUGUGGCCAUUUAGCUACAAAACACCUCAACAAGCCACCUCAUUAUUUCUCACACCACACCUCAUCCAUGGGGCCAGAAAAGUGCUUUGGCAACAUACUCUUUGCUGUCAGCCUUUGCUGACUUUACUGCAGCUGUGCACAUGUCUCUUUUUAAGAAACAGGCAACAAAUCACAGGCCAUCAGAGGUUCAGGUAAAAUUGGGACAUGGGUUUAUUGCAUUACAACUUAAUCAAGGUCAGGCAGGUGUUUUAAAAUAGAUCUUAAUCCAGUCUGGUAGUCUGACACUGUGCAGGGGAUUCACAACGUACAGCCCAUUUAUUCUAUUGUUAGAAAGGCAAAAGGCUCAACACCUACAGUAAGAGUUGCUCUAAUGACUCCUGGCUUAAUGGCUUUGUGUGCAAACAGCAUUCAGCAUUCUGUCUAAUGACGGAGAGUGGGAUGCACCAUUUCAUACAUAUUAAAACCUUUAAUGCCAGGUACAGUUAUUCUUUACUUAAACACACACAUUACACUUCCUGGCUUUAUAAAUAGUUAAUGUGUGUUCUGGAGGUUUAUUUGAUCUGCUCACAUGAACACGUACUUUUUACCAUCUCUUCUCUUAUUACAACGUCCAUUUUGUGUUUCAAACAAUGAACGCUGUUAUGGAUUUUGGACAAAAGGUAUUGAGGCGCCACAACGUGAAAGUUCUCUGUUGUCUACAGCAAUGCCUGUACUGACUGACGUGUGCUGCAUCCAGGAAAAGCAGUCUGAACAAAUAUUCUAUUAUUUGUUAUGGCUGCUUUGGAUUCUCCUGAGCUGUCAACACAGCCACGUGUAGGUGGUGCUGAUUGUUAUGGCUCUGUAGUAAAUUUGUGGUUAAUUCCAACGAGGCAAGUGACUGAGAGCGCAAUCUGAAAUUUAACGUCGGUGUUUGUUUAUCACACUCGACCCACUAAUUAGAGGGUGAGAUCACAUCUUCCACAGCCCUUCAGACAAGAGGCGACAAUUACAGGGUUUACUCAGAACACUAAUGACUCAUUCAUAUCAGUCUACACCAUUUCCCAGUACUCUCCAGUUUUAAUAGCGCCGAUAUAAAACCACCUAAUGGAUUCAGAUGAGAUUAAUUAGGCUUAAGUGUGAACAGUAAAAGGUUUGUUUGUUUCGGGCAAAGUCAUUAAACCGUGUCCUUCGGUAAUGACAUCACAAAUAGGGCUCAUUAGCAGGGUUCCCUAGAGUCAGAUAGGCAGCUGAGGAUUCUUUAGCCUGGGGUCACUGUGUCCUGUUAAGUGUUAAAAGCCCCUGAGGGACUACAAUUCUUUGUCAACAUUGCCGUGUUUUAUUGCACAGUGACUACUGUUUAUUUUUAUACAAAAUGUGGUGUGACCUAGUGACCUUGUCUGGGAGGCAGCCUUGUCAGACCAGGCGUGCUGACCACCGUGUCACUGAAUCGUUAGCAUUGAGGUGAAUGAUGUUCAUGACUCAGGUGCAGAAGCACGAGGACCUAAAGUACCAUCACAAUGGAAAAGCGUUGCUCCCAUGAUCUGUCUGAUUAUUAGUACUCAAACAUCUAGACAGAUUUAUAAUAUUUUGAAUGUUCCUAUUGUCAAAGCCCUCAAAGUCAGACAUACAUUACAGUAUAAACUUUUGAUAUUACUAAUAUUGUGCUUAUUAGUGGUCAUUCCUAUCAUUCCUAAUUGGAGCAUUGCUAAUUGGAGGGGCUCAUUUCUCAGGAGAUCAACUACAGCAUAUUAUUGGCUGAGUAUGGGUCAGACAUGCACACAUUUACAGGCUGCUGUAGUUUUAUGCAUUAUAGUGUGUUAUUACUUGUGUCUGUGUCACCGCAGGUGAGUUGAAGGUGCAGCCAUUUACCUUUCAGACUGAUAAAACGCGAUCUCUAUUAUAUUUAUUAUCUCGUUAUUGCACCUUAUUUGAAAUGGUGCUCUUGUUUUCUAGCCUGGACACACGGUGGCUGUCCUCUAACAUGUCUUUGCUUGGGACUUUAAACAGCUCUGACAUCAUUCAUCCUCCAGGUUUCUAUAUCAUUGGGUUUCAGACGUUUCCCCACAUCAGUGUCUAUAUCAUCUUUCUAGCGUGUGUCUAUGUUGUUACAAUACUGUUUAACAUUUUACUGAUUUGCAUAAUUGCCCUGAACCACACAUUACACACUCCCAGAUUUCUGGCCGUUGUCAACCUGGCAGUAAUUGAUCUCAUCUUGAACUCAAGCACCAUUCCCAGCAUGAUUAAGACCUUCCUCUUCAAUGACAACUUUAUUCCAUUCAACUUGUGUUUAGUACAAAUGUAUGUUUACUAUGCUUCUGCCUCUCUGGAGUCUUAUGCUCUCGCUAUCCUCGCCUAUGACAGACUGAUUGCAAUAUGUUUCCCUCUGCGUCAGAACACAUUUAACACAAUGCUAAUUAUGUCUUGUAUUGUCGGUGGGACCUGGAUUUAUAAUCUGGGACGAGUGGCAUACAACACAGUGAUUAUGACUAAACUGUCUUUUUGCAAUUCUGUGCGAGUGUUCAGUUACUUCUGUGACUAUGCUCCUGUGUUUAGACUGGCCUGUAAUGACUACACACUGCAGUGGUCUGUGGCUUCAACGUCUAGCAUGAUCAAUCUGAUGGUUCCCUUUUCUUUCAUUGUCCUGUCUUAUAUUAGCAUCCUGAUCAGCGUACUCAGGAUGAAAUCAGUGGCCAGUAGGGUUAAAGCUUCCGUCACUUGCAUUGAGCACCUCAUCCUUGUUGCUGUCUUUUACAUUCCUACAUUUAGCAUUUUUCUGAUUGGGCUGUAUAUACGAGGCAUUGACCCAGAUCAGCGUGUACUGAGCCUGUCUUUGGCCUCAUGCAUCCCCCCCUGCAUUAAUCCUGUUGUGUAUUCGCUGAAAACGAAAGAGAUCAAAACCAGAGCUAAAGCAUUGGGCCAAAAAAUAAAACUAAAUCAUUUACACCAACGUCAAGGUUUGUGUCUGUGUGUGUGUAAGAGGACAACAGACUGCAUGGUCUAACUCGACUGUCCUUCCAGUUGUGUAUUAUUAUAAAUGUUUAUCCAAUGUUUUGGUUUUAAAGUUGUAAUUUAAUUGCACUCUAUCAUGAAUUAAACUCACGUGGUAAAUAUUCAAUGUGAUAUGUUGCCACUAAUAAACGCAUUUGAAAGAAAUAAGGCUUUAAUUUGUAAUGCACAGGUCAUCAUGUUGUUGUUUGCACCAUUGUGCACUUUCUGCACAGUGUCCUCUUAAAAAAUUUAUUUAACUGUAUUUAUCUAGUAUGUUAUAUAUUUAAAUUAUAUACUGUACUGUAGCCUAAAUAUUGACUUUUUUACAUUUCCCAAACCAAAUAUUCAAAUUAACUAAAUACUAUAUAUUAUAUAUAUAGAGUAGUUUAUAUAAGUUUAUAUAAUUAUUUAAAACAUUAAAAAAUAAAACAUCAAUGUAAGCAUAAUGUUUAUCCUAAC